AUGGCCAACAACCGCCGCUUGCGGCUUCGCCGACGGGCGGCCGCCGUGCGGGCGCAGCUUGCCCCUGCGGCCCGGCCUGCGCGCCAGGUGAAGGGCGCCGCGCGAGCCAAGCGAGAGGGCGGCGGCGGCGGCGACGCCUGGGGGGAUUUCGCGGCCUCGUUCUUCGACGCCGGGCUGAUCGCGCCGCCGCCGGAGGAGGAGCAGGAGAAGACGCCCGAGGCCGGAGGCAGCGGCCCGGGAGUGCUGGCGGCCGCCGAGGCCAAGGAAGGCUGUGCCGUGCUGCUGCUGCCUCUGGGGCAGACCUUGACAUUCACUGGCAAGUGUUGCCUGACAUGCCUGUAUGGCUCUGUGCAGGUGUUCGGGUUCACCAUCGUUCCAGACCAGCCCCCCUACAAUCUCUUUUCCCCUCACUCCCACUGUGCCCUCACCAUUGAAGCAACAGCAUAUAAGGAGAUGGAAAAAUCAGAGGAGCGGAAAAUGGAGGCCAGGUCCAUACUCCGAGCCCAUCUUGUGCCUCGAGAAGCAAGAUGUAAACUGAUGAAAAACUUUGCUCCCCAGAGCUCCAUCAUUUUAUUGGAGCAUCUAGAUACACCAGUGACAAGUUUCGUUCUCAGCCACUCAAGCUUCUCUCAUAUUUUCAGAGCAAAAAGACAAAAACUUCCUUGUUUCACCCCAGAAGAUGUAGUGCUUGCUUCCACUGGCAUUGGGAGGCUGGACCCAGGGAAUGGCCUGCUUCUGCCUGCCUGUAUGCUUUCAGCCAUUGAGGAGUUAAUGGAUGCAUGCCAAGAGGAAGACGAAAGCUGCCCUAUUGUUUUCGUGUGUGGCCCCAAAAGUGUUGGCAAAUCAACUUUUAACAGAUACUUGAUUAAUCUUUUGUUGAACCGCCUUCCCUGCGUAGAGUUCUUGGAUUGUGACCUGGGACAGCCAGAAUUCACACCACCUGGGUGCAUUUCCCUAGUUAAUGUUACAGAACCACUGCUAGGUCCACCGUUUACUCACCAACGUAGACCAUGCAAAAUGGCAUACUUUGGGGACACCAGUUGUGAACAAGACACCGAAAGGUAUAUUGACACACUGAAGUAUGUGUUUAGCGCCUACGAGAGAGAUGUUCCUCUGGUUGUCAACACAAUGGGAUGGGUGCAAGGUACUGGGUUGCUCCUCCUGAUCGACCUCAUUCGACUGCUGGUACCCAGUCACAUCAUUCAGAUCAGCGCUGAAAACUUCAAGGACAUGCCCCAGCUAUCCUCUGAGUAUAUCCGUUCCACUCCUGGCCUCCAUACAAGAGGCAAAUGUAAGAACUUGAUGAGUGGGAUGGAGCAGGGCAGGAACCAUGGAGACUUCUGCCCACCAAAUUCUGAUCAUAAGCUGCUGUGCGUCCAGGCAACAUUCCCAGGAGCAGGAGUUGCUGGCAAUGGGCGAACCCAUAGCAGUAUUCUUCGGGAUAUGGCAAUCCUAGGAUACUUGAGUCAGUUACAGCCCCCGGGCAUGGAAUCGGUGGUUCCUCUACACAGCUUGGUGCCCUAUCAGGUGCCCUUCAAUGCUGUGGCCCUCAGGGUGAUCCAUGCUGAUGUUGCUCCUGCCCACAUCUUGUACUCGGUUAACGCCAGCUGGGUUGGCCUCUGUCGGCUGCCUGAUGAGGUCCCCUGUAAGACCAGUGGGCCAGUCUUACUGGCACAGACUCCAAUCUGCGAUUGCCUGGGCUUUGGAAUUGUCCGUGGGGUGGAUGUGGACAAGAAACACUACUACCUUUUGACCCCAGUAGCUCCAGAGAAUCUACGGCUAGUUAACUGCUUACUCAUUGGAAGCAUUCCCAUUCCCAACUGCAUUUUCCUGAACCAGAUGGGGACUGAAGGUGAAAUACCUUAUGUCACGUCAGAGUAUAACUAUGACAUUUCAGGUGCUGGGAAAUUGAAAAUAAAAAAGCAUCUCAAACGGAGAGAACAUAGGCGACCAUGAGCCCCUUUUAAAAUCCUCAUCUGCAAAAUCUGGUUCAGCUCCAAGCCUUCGUCCUGAUCUUGGGGGAACCUUCCAUUGGAGAGCAGCUAUGAUGUUUGUUGCUGGUGGUACAGUGCUGAUCCACCCACAUGUCCUUGUUAUAAUUGUGCGUUUUCCUUAUGACUUUAAAAUUAAAUAUUUGGAAUAAACUC